GUCACAUGAUCAGCUGAUCUCCGCUUCCUCUCUCUGGAUGGCUGCAGGAUUUUCAAGCUCCUCUGGUUCAUCGCUGGUAAAAGAGCCGCUUCGUUCGUGUAUACUUUAAUCUAAAAGCCUUUCGAGCCACGACAGGCUGUAGACUGAUCUGGACGCGCGUUUAGGUAGCAAAGCUGGCGCUUUUGGUUGAGUGGAUGAUGAACGGCCACGCAAUUCUCUACACCGGGGUCACUUUGGCCUUCUGGAGCACCAUCCUCAUCGUCGGAAUCUGCUAUACAAUCUUUGACCUCGGAUUCAGGUUUGACGUGGCAUGGUUUUUAACAGAGACGUCCCCGUAUAUGUGGGCCAACCUUGGAAUCGGCCUGGCCAUCUCACUGUCUGUGGUUGGAGCGGCUUGGGGAAUUUACAUCACUGGCUCCAGCAUCAUCGGUGGAGGUGUCAAGGCCCCGAGAAUUAAGACCAAGAACCUCGUCAGUAUAAUCUUUUGUGAAGCUGUUGCCAUUUAUGGGAUCAUCAUGGCAAUUGUCAUAAGUAACAUGGCAGAGAGGUUCAGUGGCACAACUCCAGAGACAAUUGGACCAAGGAACUACCAAGCAGGCUACUCCAUGUUCGGGGCAGGUCUCACUGUUGGCUUUUCCAAUCUCUUCUGUGGCAUCUGCGUUGGCAUCGUGGGCAGUGGGGCUGCUUUGGCUGAUGCCCAGAACGCCAGCCUGUUUGUUAAGAUUCUCAUUGUGGAAAUCUUUGGCAGUGCCAUCGGGCUGUUUGGAGUCAUUGUAGCCAUCUUGCAGACAUCGAAAGUAAAAAUGGGAGAUUAGAGAAUACGCCGUCUGCAAGACAAACAACAAAAGAAGAAUGACGCUGUGUUGGAUACACAGCCUGACUAUGUAAAUACAUAGUAAAUUAUUUAAAUGUAUUUUCUUUCUUUUUUUUUUUUUUUUCCCUGUGUCUGUUUUUAACCGUUGUUUACCGAAGAGUGAAACAUUCGCACCACUUUGUCUUAAAGGAAUGCACGUUUAAGUCAAACCCAGAUCUUUAAGACGUUUCACACAAAUGAACCUCAGAAGAAGAAAUAUCUUCAACAGGUGUGAUGUUGGCCCUAUUAUCGACGUAUAAGAUAUAUGAGAAUUGUAUUGAUUUCUAGAGGUUAUUUUAUUUGAAAUGUAUGAAUACAUGUGUAAAAAUAUAAGUAGAUAGCAGAUUCUGUAGAGUAGAAUCCCAUCAUGCAAAGACUGGACUUCAGACACCUAAACUCCCUGAAAGAUUACGUGGUACUUUGGUGAAAGUUUUGAAUUUCUCUAGGGCUGUGUAGCUUGCUGUGAUUUGCUGUUCUGUACAAAACAAAAAAAAAGUGAGAUGUUGUUAUUUGUAUGUAUUAUGGCUGUCUGAAGUGUUAUUAUUCCAUGGUAUGGAGAUGCGUUAAAGUCAGAUCUAUUGUAAAUCCUAUAGCCAGAACAACUCUGGACACUUUGAAUAUCGUUCAUUCUUGUGUGUUGUGUUCGUUCAUCUGCGAAGCCAUUAAUAGACGAGGACACGGCUGAUCUCUCAUUAUUCCCAAUCUUUAAGUGAAACACAGUUAAUUUGAUAUUAAUAGUGUUUGUAUUUGCAUUGGCACCAGGACACACUUCAGUUGCGAUUGGUUGAGAAUGAGAGGAUGUAUAAAUCUAAUGUUUAUAAGAAUAUCUUAAAAAAAAAUAUGUGAGGCAUGAGGAUGUUUAGCAUUCCAUAUUUCUCCUACUGUAUGUGAUCUUCUUUGGUUUUUUUUUUCCUUUACUGACGUAAGAUGCACACUUACCUGCAUUUAAAGUUCCCUAUUCAACCCACUUAGCUCUGUAGGUACUCCUCUCAGGAGAUGAGCUUGCAGUGAUGGUUGCCACUGCAGAGGAUUUGUCUUGCAGUCAGACAGAUUCAGGUGGCUUUGACAGGCUUUUGGUUAUGUUGCAUGCACUUGCAGCUCUUCCUUUAGAGAGUUACAGCUUGACUGUACAUUUUGUGUUUUUCUUUGUUUCUUUCUGUAAUAAUGUAUCUGUGUAGUCCCGGGACAUGCAAUACAAAGCGCUUCAGUGAAUUCUAGCUUCUAAUGAAUGACCUAAACCUAAACUCCAGCACACUUCAGUAAAUUCACUGCUCCCAGACAACUCCUUCAACUCGCCAGAUAAUUCUCAGCUUUAGUAUGUGUGGUCAUAUAGAGACUGUCUGGAUUAUUGCAAUAGAUUUUUUUCCUUUUUUUAAAAAAAAUUCACACCGGAAAGCCACAGUCUUUUACAGAAACACCACUGAUGCUUUAUCAUUUAGUCUAUACACAUUUAUUUCAAAGCAUUCCAGUAAUGUAUCUUGAUGUCAGCUCUUGGAGGUAAAGAAGGCCCUAUUAGCAGCUUGGCCGCUUUCAUGUGCCUUUGCUAAUACGGAAUGUCCACAUCUAUGCCUACCUGUCUGCUUGUAAUUCUUGAUUCUCUCUUGACCAGGCAUCCAGUGAUUGUGUUUAUGUUCCUGUGGUGAUUUUCAUUGUUUUGAAAUGUAAAAGUGGAUGCUGUUGACUUUCAUAAAUGGUCCUCGAACAAAUAAAUACAUCAAGCCUGUCCUGA